AUGUCAGUAAAGCAACUCAUAUUUGGCAGUCUGCUCCUGCUGCUGGCCACUUCGAUUUCCGCCGAAUACGAUGUAAAUGCUGUGUGUACGUUGGUACCCAAUGGUGUUCGCAUAGGCAGCAUCGAAUCUUGCCAGAAAUACUACGUCUGCAGCAACGGCAAGGCUUUAGCUUACAGUUGUCCCUCCGGCACUAAGUUCAGCAAGAAUGAGCAAAUCUGCUUAAACGCAGCUAACGUUGAAUGCUACCUUGACAACACGAGUCCUUGCAGUGGCAAAUCUGAGGUGUUCGUUCCCAAAUCAGGCUCUUGUAGUGACUGGACUUACUGUAAAAACGGUCAGGAAAUCAGCACUGGUACCUGUCCCAACAAUUUAAUUUUCCAAGAUGGAAAGUGUCAAUAUGGCUAUUGUUCUACUUCUACAACUAAUGUGGACCAAGAUUUUAAAACCGUCUGUCAGGUUAUGCCGAACAAUAUAUACUUUGGAAGCACACUUAACUGCAACAAAUGGCAAAUUUGUAAGAAUGAAAAGCUGAACGGAGGCUUCUGUAAAGACAAUUUAGUGUAUAAUGCUGACUCUGCUUCUUGUACCUACGAAACUGAAAGCACUUGUGCUUACGUCACGGGCACCAAGGUGCUGCCUGAUGUAGAAACCUACGGCAGUUGCACUGAGGAUGGAGCUACAAAGUCCACCAGCACAUGCAGCGACUACUUAAGGUGUGUAAAUGGCCAGUGGAGUGUAUACUCCUGUGCAGAGCACUACUUCUUCGACGUAUCGAAGAAAACUUGUGUGGCCCGUAAAGCUGCUAUAACGGCAAAAUGUGAUCGUUGUCAGUUCUCGAAAGACCAGUUCGUGAAUGCUGUUGACGAAAAGUGUCGCAGUUAUUUGAUUUGUGCAAAUGGCGUCAAGCAGGGUUCGAACUCCUGUGCGACCGGUUAUUUCUUUGAGGAGAGCAGCCAGGCUUGCGUGAAAAUCAGUGGAAACAAUAAUGCAACCUACAUUUCAGAUAAUGGGGCCUGCAAUGUAGCUUCCUAA